UUCAACUCGUGCAUCAGUUCAGUUCGUUACGUGCUUCGGUCGGCUUAUUGUAGGAGGUGUGUUGAUAGUUGUUGAUGUCAUCAAGUGGAAGCGAGGUCCAGAAGAUAUACCACAUAGCAAAGGUCAUUCUGUUGUGUGCUAUCAAUUCCGGGGAGAUCUCGUGGUGUGAUCCGAUCGUGCGAUCGUGACUCAAGGGACGAUCCCAAGAGACCACUGGUUUAUGAAGCGCGUGUGUGUAUUUUUUCGACACAUUCCAAUACCUACGUUGGUGCGUGUGAAGAGAAGAACAUCCAAAGAUGAAUAAAAGUGCAUUUUUGUGCUAAAGAAAAUUCAAAAGAAGUGAAUCUCGAAGAGAUCGAAGAGUAAAGGAAAGAAGAAAGUUUCAACUCGGGUGAUGUUCCCAUUUGCAGUGCACGUUGAUUUGACGAAUUUAAACAAUUUUCGACGCUGGUAGCGCAAAGUGGGGCUGAUUGACCCCCCCCCCCCCCCCGCUUCUAAUGGUGUUGUGAGAAUUUUAAAUUUGUACAUUCCUGGCAGUCAGUGGUUCACAGUAUCGGAAGAGAUCGAUCAUCAUAAUUGAUUGAUAGCUACUAUUCAUGCUGGCCUAGUGGUUGAUGAAGCGGCGAGUGAGAAUAUGUACACAUAAAAUAUACAGAACUGGCAUUUGCGUGCUGAUGAUCUGACGAAAUAUUAGUUUCGACUAGCGGUUGUGAAUGCGUGAAAGAAUCUGGACAGUGAGCGUGCCGGAUCAAAUGCAACUUGAUACAUUGCAACGAAAGAACAUUGACGAAAGCAACUUGAUUUUGUCGGCUAUUUUGGUGUCUUCAUGCUGUCGAAAGCAUCCGCACGAAACAUUUGUUUUUCCGGAGAAGUCCAACAACCAAACCGAAAAUUAAACACGCGUGGAAAUUCCCGGCACUAAUCGUUGAAUCUUGUGGAAAAAAACCUACACCUCUCCAUCAUAUCUCGCAUCUUAAAUAGCUUCAACAAUCCGAAAGCAACCGCAAUCGCGAGAGCCAGCUGAUUAUUCCAUAACAACUGUCGAUGAAAAAAAUAUAGAUAUGCUUCCCGCAUCGGCGCUCGUCUAGUGACUGUUACUAUACGUAUAUUACGGUUUGAAAAAAAAAAGACGAUAUGUGUGUAGUAACAACAACAACAAUAACAACAGCGACGUGAAAGAGGAAAAAUAAAUCACACUCUUUCUGGGUUGCAAUCGACAUUGAUGUGCGUCUGAAUUGGAAAUUCAGACAAAAAUACCAACCCAACGAAAAUAGGAAAGGAAAAGUGAAAGAUUACUUACGGUCGGCUGGGUUGGCCGAGCGAGCUCCGGUUCUCCGAACUGCUCCAACCUAUUGCUGGGCAGCACAAGAAGCGGAAAGCUGGUGGUGUUGUUCGGGAUGGCCCCAGCAGCAACAGUGUGUGAAGAUAUACGCAAUUUACGCUCCAAGUGAUGAGAAAGUGUUGAUUUAUAAUAAUUUUCAGCGUUUACAGAGCUUCGCGGUAGACGAAGAAGAGGAGCUGCGGUGAGCGGGCAAAUCAACUGGUCGCGGUUGCCAAAUAAAAAGUAGUAGAAACCUCCAAAACGUCCCCCCUAAAUGCGCUGCGGGUGCGAUUGUGUGUGAGAGAGGAAAAUAGUAGCCUUAAUUAAGAUUUAUUGCUCCAAAAAGUUUAACUGCUGCGUGGAAGAGUUGAAGAAAAAAGGUCGCUCACUUCAAGUGGGGGUGGUUGAGCUGAAACGAAGAAGAGUGCUUGAGUCGAUCGUUGGAAAAGGGCCAGCGGAAUAUAAAACAGCCACAAAGUGUCGCUCAAAGGGGGAGCCAAGAUGCCGCCGGUCAAUCUACCGGAGAACGGAGGUUCCGGCCCACCGAGCCGGACGCCGUCUAUUAUGGACAGUCCAACGUUGGCGCGAGUCGAGAGAGCCCGGCUUCGGCAUGAGGCCGGUGCCAACGGAAGCAGUCAGCGGGAGGACAGCUUGGAGCGGGCGUUGCUGGAUCCAAAGAAGUCGCUGCUAAUUGGCCGUAUUCCGGUGGCCCAGAUGACCGGACCGAUCAAACGAGGUCUGCUGUGGCAGCAGCGGGACAGACUCUUCUCCAGAUGGAAGGAAAGAUAUUUCAUCCUAACACGUGAUUAUCUAAAUUGUUUCAAACGGGCGUCUGGAUCGGCAUCGGAGAAAAUUUCCGACAUGGGCCAGUUCAUUUUUAAGAUCAAACUCGUCGACGUGGAGAAGGUCGAGUGGUUGAACCGCCGGUCGUACAGUGUAAUUGGCUUGCUUCUCGGAGCACGAGAGGGUCGUGUCUUAUUGCGCUGCGACCAGGGUCUCGAGGAUUGGUUCGAGCUGCUGGAGGAAUGCACCCUGAGCAGCAAGGAGCGUCGUCGUGCCCUUCGCUUGACGCAGGGGCCCCGAUCGCGUGCCUCGCUUGCCGCUCCGGUGUCGCAUACCUCGCUGCAGACCAACCAUCUCGGCCUCGGUGGAACCUACUCGGGUGCGAUCGAAGACUGGCUCAUGUCCCGGCACCACAAGACGUCCAGCAACCAUCACCAUCUGCACUUCCUGCAUUCGGAUUCGGUUCCCGAUCUGAGCACCAUCAACGAGAACGGUCUCAUCAGUGGAAUGUUGACGAAUCAUUCGACACCGAAGAAGGUUCCCAAUGCGAGACACAACUUCAUCGGGAGCAACUCCAACGGCUACAACAGCCACAAUGGAAGCUACAGCAAUGGAUUCCCGUACUCGCCGCUGAAGAAGCUGUCGGAUAACUUCAUCAACGGAAAUAGCACCUACAUCAUCAACGACGAGGAUGAAGAAGUCGAACUGCGACGAGGUGGUCGCUACAGGGACAGCGAUGACCUCUAUCGGCGACCACUGGGACCAUCCGGUAAUGACAGUAAUAGACAUUCAUUAUUAACAGAUGUGGACUUCUCGGCUUGUGAUAGUGGCCUGGAUACGCCACCGUCGACCCAUCGUCCGUCCAGCUGUCGGGACAACGUGUACAUGAUUGCGGCCUACAACCAUCACAACCAAAGCAUCAGCAAGGAUAAAACCACCGACACUGGAAUCAGUUCCUCGCGCGGUACGUUGGUAUCGCCGGCCAACAGCAUCCGCCACGGUUUCCUCAACAACAACAACAACAACCAUAUGAACAGUUAUGGAUCGAGAUAUAGCGUACAGGAGCAGAAGAUCCUACGGGCACGUAAUAACCCGGAGGAGAACAAGAAUUCCAUCCGGUCCAUUCGGGCCGAAUUCUUCGAGCAGAACAAAUACAAUAACAACAACAACAACAACAACACCAAUGGGCAGCACUACCACCAACUGGCACAACAGCAGGGAAGCAAUAGCAAUAUUCACCAGUUGCAACAGCAGCAGCUACAGCAGCAUCAAUUGCAACAUCAACAUCAACAUCAACAGCAACAGCAACAUCAACAUCAACAGCAACAGCAGCAUCACAGUAACGGGCUGAACAACAACACCAACGGACACUACCAUUACAAUGGCAACAGUAUUAAUGGUAGCGUCAACGGAAAUGGGACGGCGGCAUUACGCGAUCGCUAUCAGCAUCCGGCACUUGCGGCCAUCAUCAACGAAUCGCAGGGGAUAAAGUUCCGAGAUCGUUCCUACUCGGAUUGCCAGCAGGUGCCGCGCCGACAGUGGACCAGCAAUACGCCCAGUCCCAAACGCAUUCCAUACCUUGGAACACCGCCGACCCGGGUCUAACUUGGAGAACAUGAAACCUGAAGUUCCUUCAGACUAGAAAAUCCAAAUGCUACACCGAAUUUCAAACUCUCAAACCAUUAACGAAAGUAAAAAACAAACAAACAUAGUGAGUGAUUAAUUUUCGAACCUACCGAUAGUAGUAGCAGUAGGUCCACCCACAUCGGAAUAAUCCUAACUCUGUAGAAUUUGUAGUAGAGUACCGCAUUAGUCGCAAACGUUUUUAUAUCCUCGUAGAAUCGAUAACCGAACCGGAAUUAGUUCUUCUCGUAGUUUAGGCUUUCGAUGCAAUUCUUGUACUAUCGUGUGUUCGUAGCGAUUCUAUUGGCGCGUAAGAUCCAUUGAAUUUCCUGACUGCCGCAGUGCUGGUGUUGACGGAGAUAAACAUAUCAUCGAGUGAUUUGAGCGCGUUUCCUAAAGUAACUAAGUAAGAUUAGUGAUUUCCGCGUUCGAAUUUGAAUUAGACUACUUUUACCCCUUCUAUUAUUAGAACAAUAAGAAAAGCGAAAGCUUGAAGCUUUUUAGCUCGAACAAAUAAUCAAAACGAUUCGUAUACUCCCCCCGUAGGCAUUACCAAUCAAAACGGCAACGGUUCGUGGGGAAGCUCACGAACCAAUAAACGAUCUGAAAUUUUACAGUUUUAAAAACCUUUUAGGAAGAGCAUUUUGCUGAAAUAAAAAAAGUUAGGUUGUUAUUAGUUUUGAAUGAAAAAAAAUAACAGUUUUAGAAGAGAGUUGAAAUCUAAAUUUCCCCAAAUGUGCUUUGUUGAGGUCGCUUAUUGAGCAUUUGAGAAAAAAAAAAUCGGUUUUAAUGUAGAUUUAUACUGUCAAAGUAGAACUUUGUAAUGUGUUAAAAAUUGUUGCGCAGUGUGCUUAUUCAGUCCGUUCUCCCCAGUAAUCUAGAGAUCCGAAGAAUGAAGAAACGAAGAAACAAAACCAAGUGUUCACAUAGAUUCUAACAUGUGCGUGUAAAAACGUACAAAAUCGAACAGGGGUUAACCGGUUUAGGUGAUUAUUUUUUUCGUGCGCAAAAUACAUUCG